UUGAAAGAAACUUCAAAUUCAGUCCAGUUAAAAAAAACUUGAACUACAUCAUGAUUUGAUCCCUUUCUUUAAGGGGAUGAAGGCAACUUAAAGAAAUUUAAGUUUAGUCCAUAAGAAAGGGUACCACAACCAUCUAAGUAUGAUACUACAAGAUUGAUGUUGAUCAUCUCCGUUAAAGAAUGACACUCUAGAUUGAAUAUGUUCAUCCGUAUUGGGGACAACACAACGGAUUGAAAAUGUUUAUCCCUUGUAUGGAGCUAGCACAGUAAAUAAAAGGCACACACUUGGAAUGCACUUCGCUUCCUUUUCAAAUCGAACUUGGUUGCUCCUCCAUCUUCAAAUUCAGAAGCUUCAUCGAUGCUCUUCAAUCUUCAAGUUCAAAGACUUCAUCGAUGCUUCUCCAUCUUCAAAUUCAGAGGUUUCAUCGAUGCUUCAUCUUCAUGCUCAAGUCUGGAGGCUUUGCAAUACCAUCUUCAUGCUCAAAGUCGCAAAGUCGAGCUUAAUGUGAAGAUUCAUCGAUGCUUCAUCAAACUCAGGUGCGAAGGAUUCGCCGAUGCUUCAAGCUCAAAUGCAGAGGAUUCGCCGAUUCUUCAAGUUCAAGUGUAGAGGAUUCGUGGAUGUUUUGUCAAACUAAAAUGAGGAGGAUUUGCCGAUUUUUUGUCAAACUCAAACGUGAAGGUCUCGUCGAUGUUUCUCCAUCUUCAAGUUUAGAGGCUCCAUCGAUGCUGCUCCAUCUUCAAGUUCAAGAUCGGCAUGCAUGGCCCCACUUCUAUCUUCAAGUUCAAGAUCGGUGUGCAUGGCAUUGCUUCCAUCUUCAAAUUCAAGGUCGGUGUGCAUGGCUCCGAUUCAUCUUCAAGUUCAUGGUCGGUGUGCAUGGCUCUGCGUCAAUCUUCAAGAUUAGUGUGCAUGGCUCCACUUCUAUCUUCAAGUUCAAGGUCGGUAUACAUGGCUCCGUUCCAUCUUCAAGUUCAAGGUCGGUGUGCAUGGCUCUGCUUUAUCUUCAAGUUCGUGGUCAGUGUACAUGGCCCGACUCCAUCUUUAAUAUCUCUAUCUACAAAAUCAUGACACGGCUUCGCUUCAUCUUCAAAGUCUGGCGUGGUUCACUCCAUCUUCAAAGUCGUGGCGUGCCUUCGCUUCAUCUCCAAACUGAUGGCACGACUUCGCUUCAUCUCCAAAAUCAUGACACGGCUUCGCUUCAUCUCUAAAGUCUGGCGUGGUUUACUUCAUCUUCAAAGUCGUGGCGUGGUUUCGCUUCAUCUCUAAACUGAUGGAACGACUUCGCUUCAUUUCCAAAGUCGUGGUGCAGUUUCGUUUCCUCUCCAAAAUAUUGGCGCGGCUUCGCUUCAUCUCCAAAGUCGUGGUGUGGCUUUGUUUCAUCUCCAAACUGAUGGCACAGCUUCACUUCAUCUCUAAACUGAUGAACCGGCUUCACUCCAUCUCCAAAAUCGUGGUGCAGUUUCGUUUCCUCUCUAAAAUGUUGGUACAACUUCACCCCUUCUCCAAAAUGCUAGUGUAGCUACAUUUCCUCUCUAAAAAUGUUAGUGUGGUUCCACCUCAUAUGCAAGGACAACUCUGGUCUAUCUGGCUCCACCUCAUAUGCAAGGAUAACUCUGGUCUAUCUGGCUCCACCUCAUAUGCAAGGACAACUCUGGUCCAUCCGACUCUGCCUUAUACGUGAGAUCGACUCCGGCCAACCUGACUCUGCUCAAAAGCUUGAUGGCAUAUUCUCCUCAUCUUCAAUACUCGAUGGCAUAUUUGCCUUAUCUUCAAAUUUUGAUCAAGGAGUAACAUAAUAGGUAGACCUUUCCGAGGCCCCUCCCCCCAAUGAGGAUCAAAAUAUACAUAGGUAGACCUUUUUGGGGACGUCCCUAUGGUGAUCGAAUGGGAGAGUUGUAAACCUUUGCGGAGCCCCUCCUAUGAGGAUCAAGAUGCACGAGAUCCUCUCUAUGGUGAUCGAAUGGGAAAGUUGUAAACCUUUGUGAGGCGCCUCCCAUGACGAUUGCAUGAAUGAUGCUACUCCAGGAUCCUCUUUAGGAUGAUCGAAUGGGAGAGUUGUAAGCCUUUGCGGGCCCCUCCCAUGAGGAUCAAGAUGCACGAACGAGAUCAUCCUCUCUAGGGUAAUCGAAUUGUAAGCCUUUGCAAGGCCCCUCCUAUGACGAUCACGAUGCAUGAAUGAUGCUACAAGGCAGACCUUUCCAGGAUCCUCCAGUAUCGCCCCUAGGGUGAUCGAAUGAGAGGAUUGUAAGCCUUUGCGGGGCCACCAUGACGUUUAGGAAGCACGAACAGGGAUACAAUAGAUAGAUCAUGCCAAAGUCGUCUUUACGUGCAUCAAAGGAUCGGUCACGCAGCUGGACAUUUCUACAACAAAAAAAUAGAAAAAAAAAUUGUUAAGAAACAAGGAGAAACCCACCUUUUAAGAUCUGAUGGGUCGGUGAGGUUAAAAAAAUGGUUGUACUCCCUUAAGUUGCGGUUGUGGGGAUAAUAAGGGGCAAGGUAAUAAAAAAAAAAAAAAAAAGAAAGAAAAAGAAAAUUGUUGCAAAAACAAAAACAAAAGAAAAAAAAAAAACUUU